UGUACAUAGUGAUAACACCGAUACGACGAUACGAACGCGCGCGCACUUCGCCGAAAUCGAUUGUAGAGUACCUUUACAGCUGCCGUCGCGAGACGACGGUGUUUCGAGUGUUAUUUGCAUUGCGAUAAAUAUACGAUUGCAGGCUCAAGGUUUAUAAGAUCAGCGUGGUUCCAUUCGACGCCCCGGGAACACUAUCUCGAUAAACUUAUAUAGCGGAGUCACAUCUGUAUAGUAUAUCACAACAGGCAAGAGCUGCGCACGCGUCGUAUUCAAUUCAUAUAUUAUAAUAAUAUUAUAUAUACAUAUAUACAAAAAUAUAUAAUAUACAACAUACUUGCCUAUCGCCACCGUCCAACGACAUCCGUCAACAUGUUGAUGCUGUUAAGAAUCGCCGAAAUGCUAAUCCCAAUUAUGAUAUCCAUAUGUAUGAUGGGAUUCAAAAAUAAAAAUGUUACUGAUUAUAUCAAGAUAUUUCAACUACAAAACCAUGAGUCACACUGGUUUUUCAAAAUUGUUUUUACCCAAGUUUCCAUUUAUGUAAGUUUGUUUUUUACCAUGCUUGUCAUAUGUGGACUAUUGAUAAAAGAACAAAUUCCUAAGAAAUUGGUACUCGUUGGCUCAGUCGUACAAGUACUUUUAUGUAUUACAUCCUCAUUUUUUUUACUCCAAUUUCAUAAAGAUAUGGGCAAGUUUGAACUAGUUUUAUGUUCGUCAGCAUUCGGAUUUAAUGGCUUGUUGUUUACAAUUGAUGCGAUAAUUAUGUUUCAACAAAUCGUAUUUUCACGAUCACGAUGAAUUAUUAACCAUAUAUUAUCCUAUAUUUGUAUUACUUAUAUAUACCAUAUUAUUAUCAAAAAUUGUACCUACAUAUUUGUUUUUUACUUUAAUUAUAAUUUAAUAAUUAUUUUUA